UCCAUUGUUCACUCCUGGCCAAUCAGGGCGCUCCCUCUCCCUCGCCUCCAAUCGCCUCUGGGGCUGCUGCGGCAGCCCGGUGAGGUCACCGCUCCCCCUUCAGUCGGUGCGGGCCGCGGGCCGCUGCGUGCUGACAUCAUGCUGCGUGUGGGACAGGGCAGGCUCCGCUCCACAACUCCGCCGGGCUGGAGUAGUUAGUUAGAAACAGCAGGCACUGGGCAGGCAGCCUCCUCUUUCUGCAUCAUAACACUUUGCACACAUCUCUUUCUGCAUGGUGGAUAUUAUUUUUCAUUAUCCUUUUCUGGGUGCUAUGGGGGAUCAUUCCAAGAAGAAGCCCGGGAUUGCCAUGUGUGUGGGCUGUGGGAGUCAGAUCCAUGACCAGUACAUCCUGAAGGUCUCCCCGGACCUCGAGUGGCAUGCAGCAUGUCUCAAAUGCGCUGAAUGCAGCCAGUACUUGGAUGAAACCUGCACUUGUUUUGUGAGAGAUGGCAAGACAUACUGUAAAAGGGAUUAUAUCAGGCUGUUCGGCAUCAAGUGUGCCAAGUGCAAGGUGGGAUUCAGCAGCAGUGAUUUGGUGAUGAGAGCCCGGGACAACGUGUACCACAUCGAGUGCUUCCGCUGCUCCGUCUGCAGCCGCCAGCUCCUGCCCGGGGACGAGUUCUCGCUGCGGGACCACGAGCUGCUGUGUCGGGCGGACCACAGCCUGCUGCUGGACAGGAGCGCGGCCGACAGCCCCCGGAGCCCGGGCCACCUGCAGAGCACCAGGGCCCUGCAUCUGGCAGAGCCGGGCCCCGGCCGCCAGCCCGCCCUGCGGCCCCACGUGCACAAGGCGAGCGAGAAGACCACCCGCGUGCGCACGGUGCUGAACGAGAAGCAGCUGCACACGCUGCGGACGUGCUACGCCGCCAACCCGCGGCCCGACGCGCUCAUGAAGGAGCAGCUGGUGGAGAUGACGGGGCUGAGCCCGCGCGUCAUCCGCGUCUGGUUCCAGAACAAGCGCUGCAAGGACAAGAAGAAAUCGCUGCUCAUGAAGCAGCUGCAGCAGCAGCAGCACAGCGACAAGGCGAGUCUGCAGGGCCUGACUGGGACGCCGCUGGUGGCCGGCAGCCCGAUCCGCCACGAGAGCGCGGUGCAGGGCAGCGCCGUGGAGGUGCAGACCUACCAGCCGCCCUGGAAAGCGCUCAGCGACUUCGCGCUGCAGAGCGACCUGGACCAGCCCGCCUUCCAGCAGCUGGUCUCCUUCUCCGAAUCCGGCUCCUUGGGCAACUCCUCCGGCAGCGAUGUGACCUCCCUGUCCUCGCAGCUACCCGACACCCCCAACAGCAUGGUGCCCAGCCCGGUGGAGACGUGAGGCGAGGCUCCCUUCGCGGACUUGGACUUUCGCAUGCUCCUGCUCCCUGCAUGAGACACGCCCGGCCUCCGGCCCCGA